AUGCGAACAAACAAGCCUCUACAGCCUCUAGAGCUUCAAAAGCAGCACAAGGCACGCCACAGAACGCCUGUCUCCUCUCCCUGCUGCCACCAAACCCCUUCCUCCUGCUUCAAUCCUCCAUCCUCCCCACCCCCUCCCCCUCCCUCUCCCCCAAAUCCCCUUCCUCCCUUACUUUCCUUCCUCCCCAAACCCUACAUUCCUACGCCUGCCUUCCCCACACCCGCCUUCCCCACACCCGCCUUCCCCAACACCCGCCUUCCCCACGCCCGCCUUGCCCACACCCGCCCUCCCUACGCCCGCCUUUCUCACGCCCCCCCUCCCCACGCCCACCUUCCCCACGCCCACCCCCCCCACAGCCGCCUUUCACACGCCCCUACUUUCGCCACGCUUGGCACAUUCGUGUUUCCCCCAUUCUUUCUUCCUCCCCCCCGGCCUCCCCCCCUCCCUUUCCUCCCCAGACUCUACAUUCCGCACAUCCCCCCCGGCGCCAGCCUUUCCAGAGCCCCUAUUUCUGCCAUGCUUGGCGCAAUCUUGGCAUGUUUGCAAUGCCUGGCGCAACCUUGGCAUGUUUCCCCUUCCCUCUCAAAAGUACCAUCAGCGCAACCUUGGCAUGUUUGCCACGCUCCCUUUCCCCCUUCCCCUCCCCAGUUCCCCUUUCCUCCCCAAACCCUGCAUUCCGCACAUCUCGCCCUGCACCCACCUUCCCCAUGCCCCUACUAUCUCCAUGCUUGGCACAACCUUGGCAUGUUUGUCACACGCUUUCCCCCUGCCCUCCCCACUUCCCCUUUCCUCCCCAAACCCUGCAUUCCGCACAUCUCGCCCUGCACCCACCUUCCCCAUGCCCCUACUAUCUCCGCCACGCUUGGCGCAAUCAUAGCCGCACCGCAUCCCCCUUCCCUCCUUCCCCCCAACUCUCCCCUCCCCAUCCCCCGCUUUCUGUCCUUCCCCCUCCCCAGUUCCCCUUUCCGCAACAAACCCUUCAUUCCGCAUAUCUCCCCCUGCGCCCGCCUUCCACACUUCCCCGUUCUCCCCAAACCCUACAUUCCGCACGUUUCCCCCUGCGCCCGCCUUCCCCACGCGCCUAUCUCCGCCACGCUUGGCGCAACCUUGGGGGACUGA